AUGGAGAAGAUGAGCGUAGAAACCAUAAAACCUUCUUCGGCAACUCCACAAUCUCUCCGUACUCUCCACCUUUCCACUGUUGAUUACAGGAUGCAGUCAGUGUACACAUACGCAUGUCUUUUCUACACCAACGAUCCCUCAAUCCCGCGAGAAGAAACCACCCAGAAACUGAAGACUUCUCUCUCCCAAACCUUAACCAGCUUCUACCCUUUCGCCGGAAGAAUUAACGGCCUAGCUGUUGACUGUAACGACGAAGGAGCCAUAUUCAUCGAAGCCACUCUCGGCAACUCUACACUCUCUGCCUUUCUCAACUCCCCCGCCCCAGAUUCAAAUGAGAUUCAACAAACUCUGCUUCCUCUCCACCAUGUCCCUAAAACAAGCGAGGCCUCUAUAACGUGGCCUCUUCUCCUCGUGAAGGCGAGUUACUUCCAAUGUGGAGGCAUGUCCCUCGGGAUCUGCAUGUCCCAUAAGCUCGCAGACGCAGCCUCCUUGUCAGCCUUCAUACGGGCCUGGGCUGCGACCGCUCGAGGAGAGAGCGGCACGGUGGGCAAACCUGAGUUCGCGGGGGUAAACGUAUACCCACCACCACCACCUCAUGACGCCUUCAAAGUUGCUGAGGUACACAAACCUAAGAUAACAGGUGUGACUAAGAGAUUCGUUUUCAGCGGGUCAAAGAUAGAUGAGCUCAAGGCCAAAGUCGCACAACCACGGCCUACUCGGGUCCAGUGCGUCACUGCUCUUCUAUGGAGGUGUGUCUGCGCUGCUGCUGCAUCCAAGACAACAACGUCUACGAAAGUGCUGUUCCAACCUGCUAACUUGCGCACUAAGAUACCUUCUUUACUGUCGGAGAACCUAAUAGGAAAUCUCAUCCACACUAGCAUGACUUCAAGUCGAAAAGGGGAGGAGAUCGAUAUUCAAGAAACGGUUAAGGAGUUACGGGAACGGGGGGAGGAGUUGACCAGUCUUGUUCAAGAAAAUGAUGGGUCCACCACGGCGCUCGGUUCUAAAUUGUUAGUUAAAAUGUUUAAUGAUUACUCCAAGUUAAGCAACGAGCCUGGCGACUCCAUGUACGCGGUGACUAGCUGGUGCAGGAUGCCGUUUUAUGAGGCUAAUUUUGGAAAGGGAUGUCCUGUUUGGGUUGUCGGAAACGUGGCUCCUCGACUCGAAUUAGUGACGAUGCUCUUAGAUUCCAAUGACUUUAAAGGGAUCGAAGCGUGGGUGACAUUGUCUGAAGAAGACAUGCUUUCAUUCGAACAAAACCCAGAACUUCUUGCCUUUGCUUCUCCCAAUCCUGCUGUCAUUUUCUAA